GGAAAAUAAUAACGCCUUUCAGCACACUAGCUACCUUCACGUCAACAAUGACUACCCCCGGCUAUUACAAUGAAAAACCCGUCGUUGUUUCAACUAACGACCACGAAACCUUUUACGUCUGAUUUGUUGUCCAUUCCCUCACGGCAGCAUCUGCUAUAGAUUAUCUGCGGCGUUAUUGGUGCGAACUGGUACGAGAACAAGAGGAGGAAAAGCAAACGAGGCAUAGAGGGAGCCGUGGCUGUGUCUGCGAUGGCCGGUGGAAGGAGAGGGGCAAACCGCACUGCUUAUUGCAGGUCUGCACUAAGCAGUGAGCCAGGCUCAGUCAGCAAUGGCAACCACUCCACCAGUUCCCCAGUCACAGGGGUUCGAUCUCGGACAAGAAAUGGCUCUGGGACAGGCAUCUCUAGCCCACCGCUGGCAGCCCAGACAGUGGUCCCUCUAAAGCACUGCAAGAUCCCGGAGUUGUCCAUGGACCGCAAUGUGCUAUUUGAGCUGCAUCUGUUCUUCUGCCACCUCGUUGCCCUCUUUGUGCAUUAUGUCAACAUCUACAAGACAGUUUGGUGGUACCCUUCCUCACAUCCCCCCUCACACACAUCUCUGAAUUUUCACCUCAUUGACUACAAUAUGCUGGUGUUCACAAUCAUCAUACUGGCCAGGAGAUUAAUUGCAGCAAUUGUUAAAGAGGCAUCACAGAGUGGGAAGCUGUCCUUCCCUCAUUCCAUCUUUUUAGUGAUGGCACGGUUUGCCGUAUUGACACUGACCGGGUGGAGCCUGUGCCGCUCCCUCAUAUACCUCUUCAGGACCUACUCUGUCCUAAGCCUGCUCUUCCUCUGCUAUCCAUUUGGAAUGUACAUUCCCUUUUUCCGGCUGAGUUGCGACUUCCGGCGACUUCCGCUGUCUCCCAUUGCCAGCAUCGGCUCCAAAGAGGUGGGCAGUGUUGGGCGAGGAAGGGACUACCUGACCGUGCUGAAGGAGACGUGGAAGCAGCACACCAGCCAGCUGUAUGGUGUCCAGGCUAUGCCCACCCACGCCUGCUGCCUCUCCCCAGACCUCAUCCGCAAAGAGGUAGAGUACCUGAAGAUGGACUUCAACUGGAGGAUGAAGGAGGUGCUGGUCAGCUCCAUGCUCAGUGCAUAUUACGUGGCCUUUGUUCCUGUCUGGUUUGUCAAGAGUACACAAUAUGUGGAUAAAUGCUGGUCCUGUGAGCUCUUCAUCCUUGUAUCAGUCAGCACCUCAGUCAUUCUCAUGAGACACUUACUGCCUCCACGAUACUGUGACCUUCUCCACAAGGCUGCAGCUCACCUGGGCUGCUGGCAAAAAGCAGACCCCUCAGUCUGCUCCAAUGUUCUUCAGCACAUAUGGACAGAAGAGUACAUGUGGCCCCAGGGUGUCUUGGUCAAACAUAAUAAGAAUGUCUACAAGGCCAUGGGCCACUACAAUGUGGCUGUCCCUUCAGACGUUUCCCACUAUCGCUUCUAUUUCUUCUUCAACAAGCCUUUGCGAAUAUUGAACAUACUCAUCAUUCUAGAGGGUUCUAUGAUAUUCUACCAACUCUACUCAUUGAUAUGCUCAGAAAAGUGGCAUCAGACAAUAUCCCUGGCAUUGAUCCUCUUCAGCAACUACUACGCCUUCUUCAAACUCCUAAGAGACAGAAUAGUUCUAGGAAAGGCAUACUCGUACUCAAACAGCUCAUCUGACCAGAAAGUCAGUUAAGACAUAAGUUAUUGUUGGCCACAUUCACCAUGGAACAAGAAAAAAACAUGCAUGAGAGCUUUGUAUUUUUUCUACAACUGCAUUUUGUGUCACUGUUAGUUUUUUGUUCUGAUCUGCCAUAAUAAAAAGAAACAUA